AUGAACCUCUCUUCGGAACGCCACGAUGCGCAGAAGAACGCCGUUCCGUUUUUGCUGUUCCAAAAUGGAUCUCUGGGACGGGCGGGCAAGAUGGGCGGCGACUUUUUCGUUCCCAGCAGCCGGGAGUUGGAGAGACUGCUCUUGCUAACCAUCCAGGAGCCCACCACCAUUGCUCUGACCGUGAUGUACACCCUCUCCUUUGUGGUGGGCUUUGUGGGUAACAUCAUGUCUAUCAAGGUGCUCACCAGUAAACGGAACAGGAGACUGUCAGGGGUGAGCGCCACCCGGAGUCUCUUGAUCAACUUGGCGGUGUGUGAUCUCAUGGUGGUCUGUGUUUGCAUGCCCAUCACUCUGGGCCACACAAUCUAUACGGCGUGGGUGUACGGGGACUUCCUCUGCAGGGCCGUACCCUUCACGCAGGCCACGUCCGUGUCCGCCAGCGUGCUGAGCUUGACCGUCAUCAGUGUCAACCGCUAUUACAGUGUGCACAGCCCCCUGAAUGCCAGAUCCUUCUUCACCUGGAGGAAGAUCUUCUUGACCAUCACUGUUGUGUGGGUUCUGUCAUUGUCUAUCUGCAUGCCACUCAUCUUCAUGAACAAGCGGGAUGAGAUCCAACUAAUUGAGGGCCUACCCCUUGUUUUCCCUAUCUGCAGAGAAAUCUGGCCUCAUGCCAAGCUGAAGCAAGCCUACAAUGCCCUGCUCUUUAUUAUGCUUUAUUGCAUCCCCGUGGCAUUUAACUUGACCAUCAGCUUCCUCACAGGGCAGAAGCUGUGGAGCACCUCACAGUGUCUGGCGGAGUUUGACUCCCGAAGUCUGGCCGUGCAUUCGUCUCGCCUGAAAAUGCGCAAGAAGAUUGCCAAAAUGGUGGUUGCUCUGGUCCUGCUCUUUGCCAUAUCCUGGCUCCCCCUCUAUUUGACCGAUAUUUGGAUCGACCGAGAAGUGCAUCCAUCGCCGUGGGUUCUGCAGCUGCGCCCCUUUGCUCAGUGGCUCGGCCUGACCAACUCCAGCCUGAACCCCAUCUGCUACUGCUUCAUCGGAGACCUGUACCGCUCGGCGAAGGUAAUCAAAACCCGAUACCACCAGAGGUUCAUCUCCUUCUUCAGUUCUUCUUUCUCGGAGGAUCCUCCUGUCUCCACGUCGCCACCCAAACCGCUCUCCCUCAAGAGGCGGAUAGCUGCUGAGAACACGAACAAGGUGGACGAAAAGUUCUCCGACUGGUGUCCUCAUAACAGCACGUGUCAGAUAACUCAGGUGUCUCUGCAUGCCCCGCCAUCCUCGAGAUGCCCCAGAAACAGAUCGGAGCAGACAAGCCUGUAG